AUGUCGGAGGAGCCUCACGGUCCUGCGGCGUCCGAUAGCGAGGACGGCGCAACAGGCGCGAAGUUCGCUCUAUCGCAGGGGGCGGGGACGCCGCUGGGGCAGCUUCCAGCCGUGCAGGCAGUGAGCAACCGCGGCGCGGCGUGCAAGCUCCUGGAGACGCGUCUUGAGCCGCUGCACCGGCUGGUGUUUGGCCGCGCCGGUAAGGCGGGCGAGCGGCGCCGCGCGCUUGAGCCGUUCUGCGGCUUCCCGGCGGACAUGCAGAAGGACAUCACGGAAAAGCUCCACAAGCUGAAGAAGGAGAGGCUGCGCGACCUCAUUCAGGCGCUCGGUAUGCCAGUGCAUAUUUCCAAGCCGCACGCGCAGGUUGCCGACGAUGUUGCGAGGUUUCUUAUGCAGCCACACAGCGAAGAGAAGCGCAAAACACCCGUCAAGCCCGCACGGCCGUCGGGCACAGCAGCAAAGCGGGAGCGAACCACAUCGCCGAGCGCUGUUGGCAGGGAGACGAAGUUAAAGAAGGAAACCGCACCCGCAGCAGCAGCAGCCGAUGCAGCUACAGGUGGGACUGGAGUGGAAGAAAAGUCGAAGCGCACUGAGAAGAGAGCACCAGUGGCAGGGAAGCCAUCACAGGCAAAUGCGCCAAGUGACGAUGCCAUUCGGGUGGCGGUGUACAAGCGCAUCCUCUCCACACCACGUGGUGAGAGGUCGAACCUCACCACCAAGGCGCUGCGCUUAGAGUUGGAGCAGUACUUUGGUGACCUCGAGGCGCGAAAGGCUGUAAUUAAGGAGGCAGCAUCUGAAUGUGUUUCGGCGCUGGUUGCGGCAGAGGAAGCUGCUGCAGUUUCCGCUGUUGCUGUUGCUGCUGCUGCUGCUGCUGCCGCCGCCGCUCCCACCCCCGCCGCGCGUAGUAACGGAAGCGACCACAUUGUGGAGCCGUCCCCCGCGCCGCAGCCCCCACAGCCGUGCGAGCUGCCAAUGUCGUCUACGGAUGCUGCUGCUGCUGCUGUUGCUCGAAGCCGCCCACCGCUGCCUGAGACACCGGACGGCUCUGUGGCGCCGUACUCUACUGUACACACGUUUCCAGCACACCCGCCAACGACAGUGCCCAACGUCUCGGUACCAUCGUUGCCUCCACCGGGCGCACCUGUUGUGUGA